GGGGCUGAGAUGGUGAAAUCUCACCAGCAAGUCUGCAGUGGGCUCAGCACAGACAUGAGAUAAGAUGCUCAGCAGUUUAGGGCAGCUGCUUUGAGGUUGGGAGGCUCACAGGAAGUAACUUGGUGCAGAGCUAAUGUGCCUUUGCCUCCACACUCCUUCUGGGACGGGAGCAGCAGGCUGACGAGGUUAGGGGCACGUCUGCAGAGUGCUGGGAUCCUGGGCCAGAGGGGCCUCAGGGCUGGUCCCUGGGGUCAGGUGGGCACUCUGAGCCUCAGGCUCCAGUCAGUGCCCCCCUCUGACCAUGCCUGCCCCCUGGAGCCUGCCCCGCUGGAGAGCUUACUUGGCUGCUGCAGUGCUCUGCUACAUCAACCUCCUGAACUACAUGAACUGGUUUAUCAUCGCAGGCGUGCUGCUGGAUGUACAGAAUUUUUUUCAGAUCAGUGACAGCAAUGCUGGUUUGCUUCAGACAGUCUUCAUCGGCUGCCUGCUUCUAUCUGCACCUGUGUUUGGCUACCUGGGUGACCGACACAGCCGCAAAGCCACACUGAGCUUUGGGAUCCUGCUCUGGUCAGGAGCAGGCCUCUCCAGCUCCUUCAUUUCCCCCCAGUAUUCCUGGCUCUUCUUCCUGUUCCGAGGAGCCGUGGGCACAGGCACUGCCAGCUACUCCACCAUUGCGCCCACUGUCUUGGGCGACCUCUUCGUGAGGGAUCAGCGGACCCGGGUGCUGGCCAUCUUCUACAUCUUUAUUCCUGUUGGAAGUGGUUUGGGCUACGUGCUAGGGUCGGCUGUGACGGAGCUGACUGGGAACUGGCAUUGGGCCCUCCGAAUCCUGCCCUGCCUGGAAGCUGUGGCCUUGAUCUUGCUUAUUGCACUGGUUCCAGACCCUCCCCGGGGAGCUGCUGAGAAGCAGGGGGAGGUGGCCAUGAGGGACCUGAGGAGCAGCUGGUGUGCGGACAUCAGAUACCUGGGGAGAAACUGGAGUUUUGUGUUGUCGACCCUUGGAGUGACAGCCAUGGCCUUUGUGACUGGAGCACUGGGCUUCUGGGCCCCUACAUUUCUGUUUGAGGCUCGUGUGGUGCAUGGGCUGCAGCUUCCCUGCCUCCGGCAGCCGUGUAACAACAAGGACAGCCUGAUUUUUGGGGCGCUGACUGUUGUGACUGGCAUCAUUGGAGUUGUCCUGGGAGCAGAGGCUUCAAGGAGAUACAAGAAAGUCAACCCACGGGCUGAGCCCCUCAUCUGUGCCUCUAGCCUGCUUGCUGCAGCCCCCUGCCUCUACUUGGCUCUCAUCCUGGCCCCGACCACCUUCCUGGCUUCCUAUGUGUUCCUGGCCCUUGGGGAACUGCUUCUGUCCUGCAACUGGGCAGUGGUUGCAGACAUCCUGCUGUCAGUGGUGGUGCCCAGAUGCCGAGGGACAGCAGAGGCGCUUCAGAUCACAGUGGGCCACAUCCUGGGAGACGCUGGCAGCCCCUAUCUCACUGGACUUAUCUCCAGCGCCCUGCGAGCCAGGCGCCCCGACUCCUACCUGCAACGUUUCCUCAGUCUUCAGCAGAGCUUUCUGUGCUGCACCUUCGUCAUCGCCCUGGGGGGCGGCUGCUUCCUACUGGCUGCACUGCACCUGGAAGGAGACCAGGACCAGGCCAGGCAGCCUGACACAGGGAUACCAGACAGCAAGGAAGUAGACAGCAAGGACAUGGAGAGACUAAGCCUGCUUUCCGGAACCCGGGCCUCCACAGAGGACCCCUGAGGCCCCUGCCCUGCAGUGGGGAGAUCCCACUCACCCUGCCUGCACCCCUCCCAUUGGCUUCCACAGUGUCAGUGCCUCUGCUCACCUUUGGCUGUUGCUCAGGGACUCUGGCUUGCUGCACCUGCCACUUCUUCGCUCCCAGCUAGAGAUCUGGCAGUACCUGCAUUUGGACUGGGAAUUGAGCUGUCAGCACCCUCUGUGGGAGGCCUGGGCCUGUGCCUGCACCUAGCACGAGGCUACUCCAGCCUGGAGUUCUCAGCCUGGCUGCCGGUGGGCCCCAAUUAAAGUAUGGCCAAUACAAGCCCACGGAUUUCUGGCCUUUGGACUAUUAUGUUAUUUAUAGCCUUGAGGUGCCUGUGCUGGGAGUAGAAGCAGGAGAGGAAGAGGUGGGCAGUCCUGGCCAAGGAUGCGGGGCUGCCCCUGAAGUGGGGAAACUGAGGUAGCUGCUCAGAUGGGUCUCUAGGCAUCAUCCUAACCCUGGACAUCCCACUGUAACUCAGCUUCCCCACUCUGCAGGCUCAGGGGGGCACAGGAUAGCCUCUGUGUGAAUUUAUCCUCUGAACAAAAGGUGGGAGCUGAA